GAAAAUGAGGGCGCGGUGCGAAGUGUAGUUAUAUGUGUAUUGUAUAUGAAGCUAAAAUUUGGAUUAGAAUAAACUCAGAACGUUUCGAAAAUUAUUUUUCGCAAUGAAACAAAGCUAAACGAUAAAAUAAACAACAUAUGCACAUAUUACGUAUGAGUUUAAUUCUUACGAAACUUUCUAGAUCGACUGGAGGCUUCACCGGCUUGACUUACUGCCGUUAGUGUCGUUGCUCUUAAGAUAAUGGCGAUGUUCCAGUGUUUGGGAGCUUUAAUUCGUAUUUCGAAAGUGAACGUAAAUAUGUUACGAUAUCGAGCUCCUCAGAUUCAUAGGUUAUAUGCUACAGCAGCAACAGUUACUAAGACACCCACUCAGGCUGCAGAACAAGCCACAACUUCUACAAGUACCCCAGUGAAACACUUAAGGUGCAAAACUAAUGAAAAUGUAUGUGUUAUAGUACUGGAUACACCUGGCUCGAAGGUGAACACACUGGGUGCAGAUGUUAUGGAUGAAAUGAAGCAACUGCUGAACAGGGUUGAGGCUGAUCCAAAUGUUCAGGCUGCUGUUCUCAUCUCGGGGAAGCCAGGUUGUUUUAUCGCUGGUGCUGACAUUGGAAUGCUGGAAUCUUUAAAGACUGUUGAAGAAGUAACGUCUGUGUCUCGCAUAGGGCAGAAUAUUUUGGGAUUGAUUGAAAGGAGCAAGAAACCUAUUGUAGCAGCCAUUAUGGGCUCAUGUUUAGGAGGUGGCCUUGAGGUUGCUUUAGCAUGUCAUUACAGAAUUGCAGUCAAAGAUCGAAAAACAGGAUUGGGUCUCCCAGAAGUAAUGCUUGGACUGUUGCCAGGUGCAGGGGGAACCCAGCGAUUACCACGCCUAAUUACUGUUCCUAGUGCUUUAGACAUGGCUCUGACUGGUCGCACUGUACCAGCUGACAGAGCCAAAAGGCUUGGCCUAGUAGAUGUGCUAAUUCCACCCCUGGGACCUGGUCUAGACAUUCCUGAGAAGAGAACACUGCAGUACUUGGAGGAAGUGUCUGUAGGUAUUGCGAAAGAGAUUGCAAGUGGAAAACUCAAAGUGGACAGGAAGAAGAAGCCUCUUGUGCAGACCUUGUUGGAGUUUGGGCUUACCUUUAAUUGGGUCAGGAAUCAGAUAUUUGACCGAGCAAAGAAACAGGUCCUGAAGUUGAGUGGUGGUCUUUAUCCUGCACCUCUUCGUAUCUUGGAUGUGAUACGAACAGGAAUAGAGAAGGGCCCACAUGCUGGAUAUGAAGCAGAAAGCAUAGCAUUUGGUGAGCUGGCCAUGACUCCCCAGAGCAAAGGGCUCGUUGGUUUAUUCCGUGGGCAAACUGAAUGUAAGAAAAAUCGUUUUGGAGUACCAAAACAAAACAUCAAAACUGUAGCGGUAGUGGGAGCUGGUUUGAUGGGUGCUGGCAUUGCUCAAGUUACUGUAGACAAGGGCUACAAUGUUAUCGUGAAAGAUGCUAACCAAGGUGGACUGGACCGUGGACUUGGUCAAAUCCAGGAUGGCCUAGAGAAGGGUGUCAAAAAGAAAAAGUAUUCUUUACUUGAGCGGGAUCGCUACCUUGCCAACUUAGACACAACACUGUCAUAUCAAAACUUCAAGAAUGCUGAUCUAGUGAUUGAAGCUGUUUUCGAGGAUCUGAAAGUGAAACAUCAUGUGAUCAAAGAAAUAGAGCAAUGUACACCGCCUCACUGCAUCAUUGCAACCAACACAAGUGCACUUCCAAUUGCUGAGAUUGCUAAGGCCAGCAAAAAUCCUGAGAAGGUGAUAGGGAUGCAUUAUUUCUCGCCUGUGGACAAAAUGCAACUACUUGAAGUGAUCACAACAGACAAGACAUCCAAGGAUACAGCUGCCACUGCGGUUGAAGUUGGACUGAAGCAAGGAAAAAUAGUGAUCACAGUCAAGGAUGGUCCUGGUUUCUAUACAACACGCAUUCUUUCUGCCAUGCUUGCUGAAGGAAUCCGCCUUCUGCAGGAAGGUGUAGACCCCAAAGAGCUCGACAGGCUGACAAAGUCAUUUGGCUUUCCUGUUGGUGCAGCCACUCUGGCAGAUGAAGUUGGCAUUGAUGUUGCAGCUCAUAUUGCUCAAGACUUAAGCAAAGUGUUUGGUCCCAGGUUUGGGGGGGGCAAUAUAAAUCUCCUGAAAGAUAUGGUCGAGGCAGGAUUUCUUGGACGCAAGUCAUCCAAAGGUUGCUUUUUGUAUGAAAGUGCCAGCAAGAACCGUGAUGUGAACCCUGGAACAUUGGAUAUCUUAUCAAAAUACAAGUUGGAACCCAAAGGUUCAAAAUCUGUGGAAGACUUGCAGCUCCGUAUGGUGUCACGUUUUGUCAAUGAAGCAAUCUUAUGCCUCCAGGAGGGUAUUUUAGA